AUAACAUCACUUAAAUUGCACGGGAACUAUUGCUAUGCAGGCUAAUUUUAAGAACGGGGAAUACACAGCCAGUGGCGCACUUUCUUUAAGGGGCGUUCCACCUACCCAAAAGAAGCUAAGAGUUACGCAUGUUUGCUAUGUCCUGGAUAUAAGGUCCUUUCCAAUCCAAUGGUUUGAAGAAGCCAUAGGCCAUGUAUAACUCAUCACCUGGCAGUGUUCCCAGAGCAUGAAACGACUUGCAGGAGUAUAAAACGUUGCUCCUUAACUCCCCUGGGAAGAAUCAUAUCCACCCUUUGAUGGAGACAAUUUGCUUAUGCAUACACAACAUAGUUGUCAAACGGCAGCCUUCUCGAGGUAACUGUGUCGUGACUUAUGGGCCAUAUUUUGAACAUUUUGACGGAAGAGUGUUUCCAACAGAUGCAAGAUCUUAAAGUGCACCGGGAAAUACAUGAUGGCAUUGACAGACCAUAUAUUUGUCCAUUGUGCAAAAAAGAAUUUGAAUCCAAGUGGGUAUGGAGGAAACACGUUAAGAAUCACACUGCCAAGAAGCGUUUCAAGUGUGCACACUGUGAUAUGAGGUUUAGAGAUGCAUCUCAUCUGGAUGAGCACAAGAGGGUUCACACUGGUGUCAAACCUUACAAGUGUUCUUAUUGUGACAAAACUUUCUCAAAGACAUCAAAUUUGAAACUGCAUGAGACGAUACAUACUGGUCUGCUUGAGUACCCCUGUCAUCAUUGUGAUCAAGUAUUUAGACAUCCAUCAUCACGUCAUGCACACACAGUAAGAAUACAUAAUGGCUUUACACGUCAUGUGUGUGACUUCUGCAACAAACACUUUGCCAGUCGCUUUAAUCUUAAUAGGCAUGUCAGGGUGCACACAGGCAAAAAGCCAUACAGCUGCUCUCAGUGUGACAAACAGUUUUCUGAUCAGACAGGUUUCCGCAGACAUACAGUUGUUCACAGCACUGACAAGCCAUACAAAUGCACUGAGUGUGGAAGUAGCUACAAAAGAAAAUCGAGUCUGACCACACAUAACAAAUGGAAGCAUUGUAAGGAGGAUCAGCUUGUAAAAGAAAGUGACACAAAUGUUGUAGUUGUUGCUGUACUUAAAGAUGUAAAGGAAGUAUGGAAAAUGGAAAUGAGUCAGCCAAUGCCUAAAGAAAUGUACGGCUGUUCAAAGUGCAACAGGAGCUAUGCUGAGUCUUCCAAACUUGCACACCAUAUGGGGAUACAUGCUGUUGAAGAGCUGUCCAAGUCUACCCAAUGCAAAGAGAGAGGCCUUAUCAAUGUUCCGAAUGUGAAAAAAGAUUUACUUGUAACGAAGCGUGACUUGAACAGACAUCUUGCAGUGAUUCACAGUCCAAAGAAAUCAGUCAGACGUAAUAAUACAUCUACAGAGAAGCCUUUAAAAUGUGCCUUUUGCGAUAUGAAGUUUAGAUAUAAGUCACAACGAGAACAACAUGAGAUAUUACACACAGGUGUCAAGCCAUUUGAAUGUACACAGUGCCAUAAGAAGUUUGCAAAGAAGUCAUGUCUUACAAGACAUCUACGUGUACAUACUGGCGAGAAACCUUACCACUGCCCUCAAUGCGAUGCACGCUUUGCAGGAUCAACAACUCUUAAUCAGCACAUAAGAAUACACAAUGGAGAGUACCCCUACAAUUGUCCCUGUUGUGAGAAGAAAUUUCGAGUAGCAACAAACCUGAUGAGGCAUGUCUUCACACAUACAGGGAAGAAUCCUCACAAAUGCCCUCAGUGCGAUAAACAAUUUGCCAGUGUUACAGAGUUGAAGAAACAUGGAGUGGUUCACAGUUCUGAGAGACCAUACAAGUGCACUGUUUGUGGAAAUAGCUAUAAACGAAUUUCUGCUCUGAAUCUACACAAAAAGGUUCAUGUUAAAGAGGGUCAUUCUACAGAUGAAAGUAGUACAGUAACUAUUGUUGUUAAAGCUUCCAAAGCAACUGAAUACUCAUCAGAACCUGUACUAAAGAGAAUCCUUGCAAGCAACCUGACAGUAACGAGAGUGUGUACUGCUUCUGAUAUGUCACAUAUCAAAGAGAGUACCCAGGGGAAAUAUGUUUGCCCCCAUUGUAACAAGAGGUUAAGAGAGCGUGAACGACUAGUAGUGCAUAUACGGACACACACUGGGGAGAGGCCCUUCAAGUGUUCACACUGUGAUAAGUGUUUUAGAUCGGAACAAACUAGGAAAAUGCACAUAAGGACACACACUGGAGAGAAGCCUUACAAAUGCUCUCAGUGUGACAAGAGUUUUAUUGCAUCUUCAGGUCUUGUAUUUCACAGAAGAAUGCAUAGUGGAUUAAAACCUUUCAAAUGUCCUGACUGCGACAAAAAUUUUAGAACUGCUUCUGAUUUGGAAUGGCAUAGAAGAAGACUGCAUACAGGUAUUGGCAACAGUACCCAAGGGGCUCAUGUUUGCCCUCAUUGUCCCAAGAUAUACAGAUACCCUUCAAAACUUGCAGUGCAUAUACGAACACACACCGGCGAAAAGCCCUACAAAUGUCCUCUCUGUGAUACAUGGUAUACGUCAGUGGAAGGUCGCAAAAUGCACUUAACGAGAAUCCACAGUGGCACUGAAAAGAAGUCUUUCCAGUGUUCUCUCUGCAGUGAGAAUUUUAGUUCAUAUUCAGCUCUCACAGAGCACAGAAAGACACUGCAUAAACGAGUUAGUAAAUCUGCUGAUGAGCCAGGGACUCCAUACAAAUGUUCUCAUUGUGACAAGAAAUUUAAAACAGCAUCAGGUUGUGGAAAACAUUUGCGGAAUGUCCACUUAACAGGGAAAACUUACAAAUGCCCUUGGUGUGACAAGCAGUAUGCACUGCCUUCGCUUCUGACUUUGCAUAAAAGAUCACACACGGGUGAGAGACCGUUCAAGUGUACUCACUGUGACAAGAGGUUCAUAACAAAACCAACAUGCAACAAGCAUAUACAAUUACACACAAGAGAGAAUGGUCACCAUUGCCCUGACUGUGAUAAAUGGUUUGGCUCUGCUUCACGUCUGAGGGAUCAUUCAAAGGUGCACACUGUUGACAAGCCGUACCAAUGUGCUGACUGCGAGAAGUGUUUCAAACGUAAAUCCAAUCUUGUAGAACAUGAACGAAUCCACAGCAGUGAUACUCCUUAUAAAUGUCCUCUAUGCGACUCGAGAUUUAAGUUUUCUAAGAAACUUAAACAACAUAAAAGAGUACAUCAUGAGGAAGAGUCUUAGUAUCCGCAUUGUGCUGAAGUCUUUAAAUAUUGCGUAGUUGCAGAAAAUAUCCAAGCCUUCCCCAGGGAAGACCCCUCCCCCACCCCUCUGGAAAUACCAAUU